AACCUUUUAAGAAGUCGUUUUGUGAUUAACCUUACCAUGUUGCAAAAAUAAAAAACCUAAACCGUCAUUAAUGUUCAUAUAUUACACAGAAAACAGAUAAAAAUAAUAAUUAAAAGGCAUAGCGCGGGGUCCCGGCCCUUUAUAUUUAUGAAUCAGCAAUGAUGUAUGUAAAAAAAACACUUUCCAAUCAACAUUUGUUUAUUUCAGCACUUCUCUAUUCUCCAAAACGUAGGUAAUAUAAGCAAAAUACGUUAAAUUUUUAAUAUUCAUCUCUUAAAACUGAUUUUAAAAGUAAAAUUAAAGCGUGUUCAAGUAUGACUAAAAAAUGCCGUGCUACUUCCUAAAGAACUAAAAUUAAUUAAAUGUCACUCUAUUUAAAGUGCUUCGUGAACUUUGUUCCGACUGUGGUAUCGGUACCCUCCCUAGAUAUUGAACAAGCGAUAUGAAACCACGUGACUUUAAAAACUGGUUCAAUAUAAACACGACAGCCAACACCGAAAAUCACACUUCGGCACCAUGCUUCGAAUUUUGGUCGUCUGUUCUCUACUGGUCUCCAUCUAUGGGGCGUCCGUUAGGGAUGUCUUCCAGCUCGAUGGACGUAUCAUAGGAGGACAGCCAAUCGCCAUUUCGAAUGCUCCUUACCAGGCUUCCUAUGAACUGAAUGGCAGGCAAAAGUGCGGUGCUAGCGUUAUAAGCAACACUUAUGCUCUAUCUGCUGCUCAUUGCAGUAUAAGAGACAAUGUUCAGUUGGUACGUAUCCGCGUCGGGACGGCGCUACGUGGCAGCGGAGGAUCCGUCCAUCCUGCCGCUCAGAUAAUCAACCACGCUCGCUACACCACGUCGCCUGCUACAGAUUUUGAUGUUUCCUUGAUCAGGGUGACCGUUCCGUUCGUGUUCAGCGCCAGUGUGAGGCCCAUCGCCCUGGCCACUGCGGUGCCAGCAGCUGGCAGCAGGGUGGUGACUUCUGGCUGGGGGGCCACCUCGGAGGGGGGCGCCGCUUCCAACCAGCUGCUGCAGGUGCAGGUCGACGUGAUCAGCCACGCCGUGUGCAACCAGGCCUACUCGAACAGGAUCACAAACACCAUGCUGUGCGCCGGGGUGAUGCAAGGAGGCAAGGACACCUGCCAAGGCGACUCAGGCGGCCCGCUCGUCCUGGGCAGCCAGCUGCUCGGCGUGGUGUCCUGGGGAGCAGGCUGCGCUCGUCCUGGACUGCCGGGCGUGUACGCCAACGUACCAGCCCUGAGAGCCUGGAUCAGGGAGAACUCCGGCGUCUGACAUUUCCCUGGAUCAGACACAGUUUUUCAUAAACACCAUCUGUCACUUGUAUCAGAAUCUUAAAUAAAAUAUUGAGUUUGAUACCUA